UGUGAGUCACAUGGUUGCAACCAGGAAACAGAGAAGCGGUAUCAGCCCAGUGGUUUCCUUAAUCUCUGCAGUAGAGCAGAAAGCUUGUAAGACUACAGUGAACAGACGUAUCAGUGAUGAUAAGAAACCAAGAGGAACCCGGGGUCUCCACAGUUGAGGACUGUCAGAGUGGAAUCUCUAUAGACCUCUUCCUGCACCUUUCACUCAUACCAGCAGUGUUGAUCACAGGGGUGCUCUCAUUCCUCCAGAAAAGAGCCAAGAGGCUGGCUCUCGACCACAGACUGCCCUUUCUAAGCGGACGUUUUGCCAUUGUGGUCCCUUUGGAUACCAUAGGCAGCAUCAGUAAUCGUUGGUCCUAUGGGUUUGCCUUUGGUGCUGUGUCAUCCACUGUCCUGCUGCUCUUCUCUGAGAGCUACAUCCCUUUCAGGAUCCCGGGCUGGGCCAGAGCUAUAGUGUAUCUGGUUGGAGCUUUAGAGGUGGGCCUGGUCUAUUUUCCUUUCUUUGCCUGCUUGUCCACACCUUUCAGAGCAGCUGGAGCAGUGUUGGGGAUACUCUACUCUCUCUGCUGGAUCACCAUCACAGUGUGGGAUACGUUCACCUGUCCCCGUGGUGAGAUUCUAGGUGCAUACCAAAAGGUGAUUUUCCAAUGGCCCCGCAUCCUCUCGCUUAUCUUCCUCUUGGGACGAUUUAUCUACAUAUUGGUAAAAGCUAUUCGAAUACAUCUGCAACUGGAACAGGAGGAUCCGGAAGAGCUAAUUGAGCAGCACCAGGUGCAGCAUGUCAAAAGCCUGCUGAGGAAAAAACCUGCACACAGCCAACCCCUCAGCUGGUUCCAGAGCAGAGUGUAUGAGUGGGACCCCAAUUUCAAGUUCCCCAACAGGAUCAUUGGCACUGUCAUUAUAUCCCUCAUAGGCCUGUAUACGAUGACCCUGGCAGACUAUUCUCUCAGCAAUACGGUUUUUAACCGGAUAGAGAGCUGGAAGAAUACGCUGGAGAAUCUGGUUACUUCUUGUAACCAGACUGAAGCACUGGGGGUCAUGAUACCACAGCUGGAAGAAUUCAUUGACGUGGCUAGAAAGUGUUGGCUCGCUACCACCAUCUGUGCUAGUCUCAACUCCGUAGCCUACACCCUCCAUGUUUUGGUGUGUUACAGAAAACACUUAAAGAGACUGUGGAAAGGGCAGAAGGGGUUUCUUCCUGAAAAAUUUCACAACCCUGGCCCCGCUGUCAGUGUAGCUUCCAUCACAAGAUACUCUGGUUGGCAAAUUGCGUUUACACUGUGGGGCUACCUGAUUGUCCAUUUUGUCCACUUCCUGUUUGCUCUGCUGUUUGCGUACGUGCUGGUGCUUCCUAUACUGCAUGGCAAUACAAUGAAAAUGCUCACCAACCUGGGAAUAAUAAUUCUGACUAUCAGUCUGCUGAUCGCCCUGGUGAUUCUCCAAGUAGUUCUGGUACAGAUCUUCUUUCUUCAGGACAAAAUAUCUCCUUCUGAUAAAAACAAACCUCUGGCUCUCAACAACAGGAAGGCGUUCCACUGCUUCAACUACUUCUUUUUUUUUUACAACGUGGUGAUGGGAAUGGGCAAUUGCAUAUUCAGGUUGCUGUGCAGCAUUGUGACUGGGACAUGGCUCGUGUCACGUAUAGACCGGACCAUUAUGCAAAGAGGAUAUGAAGCCAUGGAUUCUGGCUACAGUACUUGGAUUGGGAUGAUCUUUGCUGACCACUAUCACAGCAAUCCAGUCAUGGUGUGUUUCAGUCAGUUGCUGGUCUCCAACAUGAUGGAGAGAGCAACUGCAUCCGCAUACUCCUCUUUCAGCACUACACCAGAACCACCUAGGAAUAGCCAGGCCAGGAGACGAUGGAUGUUGUCUUACACCUUACUGAGGAACCCUCAUCUGAUCCUGCUCAGAAAGCACCACCUCUCCUCAUCUUCAUCACCACACACAUCAUCAUCUCCCCAGUCCAACGCAGUGUUGCAGGCUUGGGUCAUGGCAUCUCAAACGCAAAGACGUCAGGCAGCUUCUCAGUCACUGCCUGAGAUCACAGUCAUACCAGCAGAAGACUGUUAAAGAAACAUUUCUACAGAUUCCGAUAUUGUUUAAAACCUAACGUACUGUUCAUUGGAGGAUCUACAUGUUGUGAAGAAAUCUUUUGUUAGAAAUCUUCACUCAGGUUCUUAUUGAAGAAAACAAUCUUUGUAUAAGCUUCAGAGGAGCACAAAUGGUCAUGAUAACCAUUCUCAGCUCAGUCACCAGAAUAAAAAGUUGGUACUUUAUGUUUCUGCAACCCACAAAGAAGUAUGUAUAAUCUUUUCUGAACCCUAACCAUGUGGUAUUUGUGCCUAAAACUAACCAGACCGUAAGCACAGAAUUAUCACAACAUAAAUUUGAAAGUGAAGAUGAAAAGUCAAAAAAUUUCAACAUAUGCACUAUUUGUAGAAAUGCACAAUUCCAACAUUUAUUCUAGCAAUUGAGUUGCUUACUUGACUGUGGAGACAGAUGUUUACAGCAACACUGUCAAAGUCUCUCUGUUCAGAGUGGGUUCUGGCCAGGAUAACAUACUGGGUUGCAGGAAUGAAUAAAAGGUGUGGGCUGAGCCAAGGGAGCUCUGAGAAAGCAAAUGAGACAUCAAAACUCCAGGGAAAGAGCGACCCAACUCACAAGUUUGUCAAGUAGAUCUACAGUAGCUCAACACAUGUCUGUUUCACAAAACAAAAAAUGAAAUUAAUCAUGCUUUUGGAAUAAAAAUAGUUAUACUUCA